CGCGCGUGAUUCACAGGGCGCGCCACCCACGCUGAGGGAACGAUGUUCCGCGACUUUCUCGGGAUCGGCGUUUCUGCCGGCCUUGUGUGAGCGUUGAGCACACGGUGUUUACCCGGGCGCAAGAACCGGGCACCACUUCGUCCCGAAUGAGUACGCGGAAGCUCCACUCGAAAUCGAUCCUGAGUGAAUUUUCGGACGAUGACUUCGUCUCCGCUCUCCUCCCGGACGAAGACGACGAACAGAGCAGCACCCUGUCGACGACUACUCGACAGCAGCAACGACGCGAGUGUCCCAAAGCAGUCCUCAUUGGGGGCCUGGCCCUCACACUGCUAGUUCUCUCGUUGGUGGCCAUCGUCUGGAAGAAGGUUGAGAAACCGGAAUUCGUGCCACCUUCAGGUGUCGUCGUGCCUCCGUUAAAGGACCCGCCAAAUCGCCGAGUGUUGGCCGGUCGUCUUGGUGGCGUGGGGUCGACCCGCAAUGCUUCGGCCCUGCCCCGAAACAAGCAGUUCAUGGUGCCCGAGAAGCGAGCCUUCGCAGGGGAACCAACCACGGAGUUCUCCAUGAUGGAAAUCGCGGACGUCAACUUCGAUUCUCUCCGCACCAAGAAGGUCGCGUCGCCGGAGGCUUAUUCACUCGCUGAACCGGAAGUGAACGAAGCGUUCCGACAGGAGCCCUUCACCGUUCACUGGAGAGCAGCUGUGGCACGCAAGGAUGGUGGUCCAACCACCAAGGGUCCUCGGCUCUGGCUCAGUAUUAAUGACACCCGGUCGGUCACUCCAAAUCUAGUUCGCAGGUUCAUCGGAAGACGUGGAUUUCCGGCAGUGUCCACAACGCCGGCGGCAGCGCCCAACGGCAGCGGUGGCCGCAUCUGGGGCAUCGACAACGGCAACAUCAGCAUCUACGUGAUCAGGGUUGGCAAGAAUACGAGUGGCGGCGCCAACGCGACUAGUGACGGCACCACAUGGGGGAUUAAUGCAACUGGCAUCACCGCUAGCUCUGCCAAGGCGACCUUUGGCAGUGUGGACUGGAGCUCCACCGCUAGCGCUGCCAAGGCGACCUUCGGCAGUGGGGACUGGAGCUCCUCCGCUGGGGAUGCGGCCGAGUCAUUCAUCAGCUGGGAUCGGCUCCCCGAAACCUCCCGCAGCGCGCCACCUACGACGAAGGUCGCGACCUCUACUGGCGCGGUCUCUGACGCAUCUGCCACCGAACGAGGCUCAAAGACAGUGCGCGACGUGUCCCAAUUCAUCGGGGACAGGGGCGUUAUGCCUCUUACUGGAGCUCCUAAUGCGCACGACAAGAGCAGCUUUGGUAUGCCAUUGUUUGGCUCCCCCGGAGAUGGCGCGACAGGCAAGCUCGUAACAACCCAGUCAUCUCUUAGUGGCCGUCGGCGGCAAAACAAGACUGACGGAGAAAUCGGUCGUAUCAUACCGGUUUUCGACUUCGACGAACGUAAGAAUGACUCUUCCGAGCGCUCAGUCAACUCCAGUUUGGAUACACACACUGUUCCGUCGCAGAGGGGUCUCAGCCAUUCAACGGAGUUCACAGUGUCCUCUCCACGUGACGAGAUGCGAGGACUAAACGAGAGCAAGCGGGAGCAUGUAACGCCACCUCAUUUCACAAGUGCCGUGGGACAGAAAACAGCUGCUAUCGGCGUAGAUGUCAAGACCCGUCGCGUCGAAGUAGAGAAACCAGAGUUAACAUAUAAUGGUAACUAUUCCACCGAGCCUCCGGCAGGCGGUACUGGCACUAACGAAACUGCCGAAUUAUUGUGGUCUGUCUCUACGGUCGCUAAUGACAGAAUGUCAGUCGCCUUGAGUGCAAAUAACAUUACAACGCUCGUAUCAAACAUGUCGAUCAUCGAAUCUCGAAGCAACGUUUUUAACUCAGCUUCGCCAUUACCCGAGAAAUCGCCAACAGCAAGCGACAGCAUGCUGAUUGUCGUGUCAUCGUCUGCAACGGACAUGGUAUCUAAUGAUGGCAGGAAUUUGUCAACUUUUUCGACCAUCGAAAAUGAGAAAACAGCAAAUAAAUAUGUUCAAGAAACUGAAGCAGUUUCAAUGUCCGCCCAGAAUAAGUCGAACGAUUUUGGUUCUGCAGAAACCGUGUCACAGCCACUGACAAUUACAAAACAGCGCGAGUCAGAAACGCCGCCUGUGCCAUCGAGUGGUGAAAAACUUCAAGAUAAUAUUAUCCUUGAUUUAGGCAACCAGCCUUCGGAAGAUGAAGCUGCGAUUGGAAAUGUUUCUUUAGGUCAACCGACUAAUGACACACGAACCACGGUUGCGAGAACCAACGCCGAAACCAUUGCAUUGGCAGGAAGCAAUACCUCAUUAGCGGACAACAUUACCGAACACGCGGAGAAUCACGUCGAAACUGAAGUUACGUCGACUACUGACAGCCAGUCAAACAAAAAGUACGCCGGUCUUUUAAAGUUAGGAACUGUUCCAGAAAACACCAUUGGGCCCGAUAGUUCACCGCUAAAUCGCUUCCCAGAUGAGGGCGCACAGCCUUCGGCUCAGCCGUCAAGUUCCUCAAGUGAUCCAUUGAACGUGGUUCAAGAAGUGGACGACCUGAAACAUGAAGAGAAGAAAGCAACACUUGAUGCCAAAAAUAACUUGACAGUUCAGGUGUUAACUGCCACGAAAGUCAUGCACGAAGAAAAAGCGCGGACCAAACAAAGACUGGCAAAAGAUCAUGGCGUAGAACAUAUCUCUCGCGAGUAUCUUUCCACAGGGAGCAAUACAGCCGCAGGAUUUGAUGCUAGGUCCAAUGGAGAAAAGUUAAUGUCAUCUGGAAGCACUAACACGCUGCCCGGUUUGUUAAGCAGCAAACCAUUGACAGAGACGAGCGUGACUGGGAGUCCGAGUGACGUUGGUAGAGCAGGGGAGGGUGGUGGCGCCAAAAAGGAAGUACAAGAAACGUCAUUCAGCUCACACAAAACACCACGUUCCUCGCCGAGCGCAGUUGAAUCGUCAUUAAGCUUGUCCGGCAAAAUAACUACCACUCAAGUAAGCAGCCAUCGCACCAGACGCCGGAUACGCAUGUCAAGACGAGGUCGUUAUCGCAAGCGAUUAAUCACAAAAACAACGACUGUAGAAAAGUCUACAGCUGCAACGACAUUGGAGACUACUGAACAAACUCGCAACAGAUACCCACCUGUAAAACAUGCGAAGAAGAAGCAUCAUGCGAAACCUACCCCUGCAGCCAAACUGUCUUCAGAAUAUUGGAACUCUGAAGUAGACAAGCGGCGCCUGCAGUCGACGUCAUCAAAAGAAGGGUCGUAUGACACAUCAGAAAACGCUGGCGAAGUUAAACAUAACACUGAAGGAGACGGGGAGAACGGCCUAUCUUCAACCAAGGGAUCGUACAAACGCAAAAUAAAAGCUGUAGAAAUUACGCAUCGGCAUAGUCUAGACGAAAAACGCAAAUCACCCGUAAGAAAAAGUCUGGAAACAAUAACGCCGAGCGAGAAUAUUCGUAUCUCCGUCGUGGCAAACAACACUAAAAACGAUUCAGAACGGUCUUCCGAUCAGGUGAAUGACACUGACACGUUGGACGACAUUUACCAGCAUGGCGGAAUGAACAUUUGGGAGAUUCCUAAGGAUGUGUCAGGACUGCAGAAAGAGCACCCUGGUCCUAAGCGAAAACCACGGCCACGCGAUAAUCGCAGGCUGCCCCCACGACGGAUGCCGAAGCACACUGCUUUGACUAGGCCGCCGUACAAAGCGCCCAUAGAAUGGUCUGCAGAACGAAAACGCCCAGCACUUGCAACGUCCUCCGUUUAUUUACGGAAGACAACGUCAGCGACCGCGUCUGCCUCCUCACCAAGUUCCAUAUCUUUGUCACAGGUCAGCACAAAAACCACUGCGAGUCCAGAGAUGACGAGUGAAGCACUAGAAACCUCAAAUACUUCAAAGAACCAUGCACCGAUGAUUCACACUUUCAGCCUAGAGCUCAAUGACACCGACUUAAAUGCUACAGAAACCCCUAGCGGAGACUCGUCAGCGAACAUCGGGCGCGAAUUGAAGGACCUCCAACCGUUGUCAUUUAAUUCUUCGAUCGAACAAACAAACGAGACCGGAAGUACAGCCGCCAAAUUUUUAGACAAAAAGGUGAGCGCCCAGACUACCAGGGCCACUGUUGUCACCUUGGUGCCAGUGGAAGGUUCUGCUGUCGCUGUGCAUUGUCCGACUGCGGACUGCAUGGAGGAAGGUGCACGACUGCACGCCUUCACAGACCUGGCCCAGAAGCCCUGCACAAAUUUCUACGAGUUCGCGUGCAGUGGCUGGGUCCGUAGGCACCCGUACCCACCGAACAGGAAGAAAGUUUCUGUGGAUGAUCUUGUGGUGCAGCUCACUGAACAGAAAACGAUGGAAUUCAUCUACGAAAAUGUUCUCGACCAUGCUACGUACACAGACCCUCUUCUUCACAACGUCGUCAAGAUAUUUCAAGGCUGUAGCGAUAAAAGUUUUCUUAUGAGGAAUCCAGCCAUGGCAUUGCAAGCAGCGUUGGAUGACGUUCGGCUUACGGACUGGCCUUACGACGAAGAACCGAUGGACGUGGAAGUUCCCGAGGUCAUCGCAUUUGCUGCCCGCAAGCUGGCGGUGCACCCGUUCUUCGCUCCAUCACUCGAGACCGACUCCACCACUGGGUCGGGAUGGGUGUUUGUGUUUCGAGAGCCCAAGGCGGUGAUUCCAGAAGACGCCUACAUCGUCGGCGACGUUGUAGCGACGUACCAAAAGCUGGUGACGAAGGCUAUGUCGCUCGUGAACAGCGACAAAAAUAUACAGGCGCUUGCCGAGCCUGUCCUCGACGUAGACCAAGAAGUGAACAAGAUGGUGGAGAAGAGUCGCCGGCUUACCGACUACACCAGAGAGCACCACCGCAAGUCUCUUCCGCAUCUCGACAAACGGAGAGAGUUUGACGUUGGAUCGUUCCUAAGCACGUUGGUGGAUGGAAUUGCGGUCUUGGAUUCGGAGGUUGAGUUUGUCAUCCCUACCACAACGUUUUUGGAAGACGUGCAUAAUAUCACGAUCGCCUUUGAGAAGAACGUCCUGCUGAACUACAUCGGCUUCCGUGUGGUGCUGGCCCUGUCGCCGCUGCUGCCGCACAACGACGGGCGCGACCUGGCGCACCUGAAGUUCGCGCGCGAGAUACCGACUCGCACGCCGGCCAAGCGCUGGCGCUUCUGCCUGCGCCUCCUUGAGGGCAUCUACAAGCUGCCGCUCCUCCAGCUGCAGGUGGACUCGUUCGAGAAGAAAGACAACUUCCACACGAUCAACAGGACCAUGGAGCUGCUCAAGAAGCACCUCUUCCGAACUGUGCGCAACUCCAGCCGCUUCGGACAGAGCCAGAGGCAGGCGAUUAUUGCCAAGUUACGAGACUUGAAGGUCCAGUCCUUUAGCAGCCACCUUAUCGGCGACUCGGAAGUUCGCGAGAAGCACUACCAUGGGGUGCCUGACGUCGACCCGUCGAAUGUUCUUACUGACUAUGUUCAAACACUAAACAUCAUCCUCAAGAACUACUGGAGCUACUACGGCAGUAUGGGUCUUCAAUUUCGAUGGCACGGCUCGAUCUUUGACACGGCUGCUACUUACAACCACUUCGAAAAUACGCUGUACAUACCUCCAUCAUUGUUUAUGGAAGACGUCAAGUACAACACCUAUCAUUCGCCACUGUACUUCCCUCGGAGCGGCCGGCGUAUCAUGGAAGGCUUGUACAGUAUGCUGGAAAGAGAAGCUUCCUUCUUCGGGCCUCAUAACGAGGUGGUCAAGACCUCGACCUGGGAUUACACCACCACCGACGGCUACUUGUCUUUGCGCGGCUGCCUCAAGGAGCAGUUCCGGAACGCUGCCAUGCCGCACCUGGUGCCCGGUUUGACGAGCGCGUUGCACCCCUCGCGACCACUGCGCCAGGACGUCAAGGAUAACGCCAUGAUCGAUGUCGUCUUUGAGGCCUUCAAGGAAACCAUGCUGGACUUUGGUUACAAGCCAGGACUGUUUAUACUUCCUGGUUUCGCGGAAACAUCGAUGGAUCAACUUUUCUUCCUGCUCUACGGCACGAGCCAAUGUGAGGUGACUACCCAAGAAGCUGCGCUGGCCGACGAAAUCAUUAGCGCAUCCCAUCCGCGACGUUAUCGGGUUAAUCACGCUCUGCAAAACAGCAGAGUCUUCUCCCACGCCUUCAUGUGUGCCAACAGCACCGAAAUGAACCCGAAGAAAAAGUGCAAAGUCUGGUGAAUCGCUUCGAAGACGCUACUCUUUCCUUCAAAUGCUGAAAGUUUGUGCUUUGAAAACAGUGAACUGUCGAAGGCAGACAUGGUGACAGAAGCGGCCAUGUUGUUCAAACUUUUGUGCACAGACUUGCGCAUUUUUUUUCUUCGCUUGAGAUUGCCUCUUUUUCUUUUUUUUAACGCUAAAGAAGCCUACUUCUUCUGUGGUGUGAUGUUUUGUAUUUAUUGGUGCUAGAAAAAAAAAUGGAGAGCAAAGUGCUCCACUGACUUCA